AUGUUUUCUUUUUCUGAUCCACUAAAACCUAUACAGGUCAAUGGACAGGUCCAGCUGCUGCCAUUGAGUUUAACUCCGGAUAUAUUCAUUGGCUUCAGUGGGCAGUAUGCUGCUAUCACAGCUGCAUUUGGCCUACAAGUAAAAUAUGAUGGAGAUCACAGGGUAGAAGUUACUUUAUCCAGAGCCUACAAAAAUAAAGUAUGUGGAAUUUGUGGCAAUUUUAAUUUAAUAAAAGAGGAUGAUAAUCUCAACCCUGAUGGACUUAAAGAGACAGACUCUGUAAGCUAUGGGAACAGCUGGCAAGUUGGCAGUGAUACCAGUUGUUUACCAGCCUCUGUAGUCGAACCUUCAUGUUCACUGGAGGAAAUAAGUGUCAUUCAGAGCAAUCAAUCUUGUGCCAUGAUGCUUCCCUUUGACGGAGUAUUCCAAGACUGCCAUACUAUAGUAGAUCCUCGGGAAUACUUUGAACAUUGUUUCCAUGACAUGUGUGAACUUCAUCUAGACCCAGACAUCCUCUGUAAUCAUCUUCAAGCAUAUACAGAUGCUUGUCAUGCUGCAGGAGCCAACGUAUUUCCUUGGAGAAAUUCAACUUUUUGCCCCCUGAAUUGUCCACCACACAGUCACUAUGAGCCUUGUGGCACUGCCUGUCCAGCCACUUGUGUUAACCCAGCAUCACCAUCCUCCUGCUCUCUGCCAUGCACUGAAGGAUGUAUUUGUGACCCGGGCUAUGUCCUCUAUAAUAAUAAGUGUGUUCCAAGUGACCAGUGUGGAUGUUGGGAAGAUGGAAAACAUUACCCAGUAGGUUCUGAAUUCUGGACUGAUGAUUCAUGUGCUACAAAAUGUAGCUGCCUAUCAGCAGGAAGCAGCUUAGUGUGUAACUCUGCUUCAUGUGCAUCUGGGCAGUUUUGUGAUGUGCAGAAUGGAGUCCUUGACUGCUAUGAUUAUAGCUUUGGUGAAUGUACAAUCUAUGGGGACCCGCACUACAACACAUUUGAUAAACAAGUAAUCCACUUUAUGGGUACAUGUACCUAUACCCUCUCCAAGACUUGCAAUCCCAAUUUGUAUUUGCCUCAUUUUAAUAUUGAAGCCAAGAACGAGCAUCGUGGGAACCCAACUGUGUCUUGGAUAAAAAGCGUUACAGUAGAGGUUGCCAUCUAUAAAAUAACAAUGGUGAAAAAUGAGCCCAGCAGAGUUUUGGUUGACGGAAUCUGGACUAAUCUGCCAGUAACACUACUUUACAGAGGAACCGAUAUAUAUUAUGUGCAUGUCUCCAGUAGUGGUAGAUAUAUUGUUCUAGAAACUAAUUUCUACCUCACCGUCUCUUACGAUACUGAUCAUACUGUAUCUAUAAGGUUGAUAAAUUACUACUAUAACAUGACAUGUGGACUGUGCGGAAAUUUUAAUGGCAUUCGACAUGAUGACUUCUUGAUGCCCAAUGGACAGUUGGCACAAAACUCAAAUCAGCUAGGAGAUAGCUGGAAGGUGGAAGAUGAUGACCCAUUGUGUAACAUAGUUACCCCUACACCACCUCCACCAUGUUCACCAGAGAUUGAGGAACUUUAUGGAAGUAAUGCUUUCUGUGGUCUGUUAAUAAAUAAGCAUGGACCAUUCCAAGCAUGCAUAUCAGUAAUCAAUCCUGAACGCUUCUUUGAUAGCUGUGUGUUUGAUCUCUGUGCACUCGGAGAUGAAACUUUGUGUAAAGCAAUAGAGGCCUAUGCUGAUGCCUGUCAAAGGGCUGGAGUUGCUGUUGUCUGGCGAAACAGUUCUUUUUGCCCUAUUGCAUGUCCUGCAAACAGUCACUAUAAUGGAUGUGGCAGUGCUUGUCCAGCCACCUGCUUAGAUCAGAAUGCACCAGACUACUGCAAUAAGCCAUGUACUGAUGGUUGUGAAUGUGAUAGUGGCUUUGUACUCAGUGGAAGCACUUGCGUUCCUGUCAGUGACUGUGGAUGUAGUUAUGAAGACAGAUACUAUCAGAAAAAUGAAGCGUUCUUGGCAGGGGAAUGUGAGAGAUAUUGCCAAUGUGUAGGAAACAAUCAGGUGACCUGCAUAGAGCAAUCUUGUGGACCUAAUGAAAUCUGCAAAGUUCACAAUGGCGUCAAGACUUGCGUAGCAGCAAACACGGCCAUCUGUCAUGUUUACGGAGAUCCUCACUAUAUAACUUUUGAUGGGAAACUGUAUCAUUUCCAAGGAGCUUGCAAUUAUACAGUAGUGGAGACCUGCGGAAACUCAUCAUCUGCAAACUUCUCAGUCACGACAAGGAAUGAACACAGAGGAAACCCUUCCUGGACAGCAAUAAAUUCAGUUUCUGUUCGGAUCAAUGACCUUUAUAUCACUUUGGGGAAACAUAAAGUUGUGGAGGUAAAUGGAAACAUUAUGAUAUUGCCUGUGACCUCAAUACCUGGCGUCAACAUACAGUUGAGUGGUGCUUUUGUUGUCUUACAAACUGACUUUGGACUUGAAGUUAAAUUUAACGGAGAUCAUGAACUUCUUGUCAAAGUGAAUGAGAAAUAUAAGGAACAACUGUGUGGUCUCUGUGGCACCUACAAUGGUAAUCAACUGGAUGAUUUUCUAACUCCAGAAGGUCUAAUACUAUCUGAUUCCAAUGACUUUGGAAAAAGCUGGCGUGUUGCCGAUGAUAACUGGAUCUGUGAAGAUGGUAUUGUUGAUCCCCCGCCUUGUGAUCCUGCAUUGGAAAUCAAAUAUGAAGAUGAAUGUAGAGUCAUCUUGUCAGGCAGUGGUCCUUUUAAGAACUGUCAUUACCUCAUUCUACCACAGUUAUAUUUCGAGAACUGUGUGUAUGAUCUCUGUGCCACAGGAGGAAGCCAGGAUCAAUUCUGCAAUGCACUAGAGUCUUAUGCUGCUGCCUGUGAAAGUGCAGGAGUCACGGUUGGAGACUGGAAAGAAGACACCAUAUGUAAAGUACCAACUACUACUCCCGUGACACCAGCUACUCCACCAACUGCUGGAUCAUGUGAGGUCAAUGGAGAUCCUCAUUAUUACACCUUUGAUAACCAGGUUCACCACUUUAUGGGAACCUGCACCUACACUCUUUCCAAGCUCUGUGAACAUAAUGGAAAUCUAGCUAUCUUCAAUGUGGAAGCAGCUAAUGAGCACAGAGGAGGAAACAGUAGAGUGUCCUAUGUCAAGUAUGUGAACGUGGAUGUGCAUGGAUACAGGAUCACACUGGAGAAGGACAGGGUAGUCAAGGUGAAUGGAAACAUUGUGACCUUACCAAGAACUCUAGUACCAGGUAUUAAUAUAUUCCUGAGUGGACAUGAUGUUCUGGUCACAACAAUAUUUGGCCUGAAUGUGAGAUUUGAUGGAAACCAUAGAGUGGUAGUGACUAUUCCACAUGAAUAUGCAAACAAAGUGUGUGGACUGUGUGGUAAUUUCAACGGGAAUAAGACUGAUGACUUCCUAAACCCAGAUGGAGAACUAGAGCCCGACUCCAACAGCCUUGGUAACAGUUGGCAAGUGGAGAAUGACACCAGAUGUACAACCGGACCAGAAAUUCAGCCAAACUGCACAGAUGAUGAGAAGACCACCAUAUCAAGUAACAGCUUCUGUGGAAUAAUCACUGACAAGAACGGUCCAUUCAAAAAUUGCCAUGGAGUGGUGGAUCCUCUGGUGUAUUUUAAUAACUGCGCAUAUGACUUGUGUGAACUGAAUCUGGAUCCUGGUACCCUUUGUGAGAGUCUUCAGUCCUAUGCACAAGCUUGUCAAUCUCAUGGAAUCUCAAUAUAUCCCUGGAGAAAUGAAACUUUCUGUCCACUGAAGUGUCCACCAAACAGCCACUAUGAACUCUGUGACAUUGCCUGUCCAGCUACUUGUGUCAAUCCAUCAUCUCCAUCCACAUGUUCUCUUCCGUGUUCAGAGGGUUGUGCUUGUGAUCCAGGCUAUGUCCUUUAUAGCAAAAUGUGUGUUCCAAGAAGCCAGUGCGGUUGCUGGGAAGAUGGAAAACAUCACCCUGUAGGCUCAGAUUUCUGGACAGAUGACACAUGUACAAAGAAAUGCAGAUGUCCCUCAGCAGGAGGUAGUUUAAUCUGUGAACCAGCAUCAUGUCCAGAUGGAAAAUAUUGUGGUAUAGAAAAUGGAAAACCUGGCUGUCAAGAUCUUUCAUUUGGUAACUGUGUCAUUUAUGGAGAUCCUCAUUAUAACACCUUUGAUAAGCAAACUCACCACUUCAUGGGAAUAUGUACCUAUACCAUCUCAAAGCUUUGCAGCAACUCUACUUCUCUUCCGUAUUUCAAUAUUGAAGGGAAGAACGAACACCGUGGAAAUCCAACUGUGUCGUGGAUUCGGAGCGUUAUGGUAGAAGUUUAUGGCUAUAAAAUAACAAUGGAGAAAAAUGAGCCCAGUAGAGUAAAUGGAAUCUGGACAAAUCUGCCAAUAAGCUUAGUGAAUGAAUCCCUAGUGGUAACAAGAAGUGGUAGAUACAUUAUUUUGGAGACUGAUUUCCACCUCACAGUUUCCUAUGACACUGAUCAUACCCUUGAUGUGAAAGUACCAACUACUUAUUAUAAUCUGACCUGUGGAAUGUGUGGUAACUUAAAUAAUAAUCCACGUGAUGACUUCUUGAUGCCCAAUGGACAGUUGGCACAAAACUCUAAUCAGUUGGGAAAUAGCUGGCAGGUGGAAGAUGAUGAUGAUCCAUUGUGUAACCCAGUUCCCCCUACACCACCACCACCAUGUCCACCAGAGAAUGAGGAACUUUAUGGAAGUGAUGCUUUCUGUGGCCUGUUAACAAAUAAGAAUGGACCAUUCAAGGCUUGCCACUCAGUAAUCAAUCCUGAACGCUUCGUCGACAGCUGUGUGUUUGAUCUCUGUGCACUCGGAGAUGAGACUUUGUGUAAAGCAAUAGAGGCCUAUGCUGAUGCCUGUCAAAGAGCUGGAGUUGUCAUUGCUUGGCGAAAUUCUUCUUUUUGUCCACUCCAAUGUCCUGCAAACAGUCACUAUAAUGGAUGUGGCAGUGCUUGUCCAGCCACCUGCUUAGAUCAGAAGGCACCAGAUAACUGCAAUAAGCCAUGUACUGAUGGUUGUGAAUGUGAUAGUGGCUUUGUUCUCAGUGGAAGCACUUGUGUUUCUGUCAACGACUGCGGAUGCUUUUAUGAUGACAAGUACUACCAGAAAAAUGAAGUGUUCUGGAAAGGGGAAUGUGUAAGUCUCUGCACAUGUGAAGGAAACAAUCUUGUGAAAUGUGUAGAUCAGACAUGUCCCCCUAAUGAGGUUUGUCAGGUCCAGAAUGGAGUGAAGACCUGUGCUCCCAAGGCCACCACCACAACUACUACGACCACAACAACCACAACCAAACUCCCACCAACACCAGACAUCUGUGAUCUGGAUUGUUCUUUUGACGUUAAUCUAUGUAACUGGAAGCAGGCAGUGAAUGAUGAUAUGGACUGGAUACGCUGGAGUGGUGCAACUCCAUCUGCUUUUACUGGACCAAGUUUUGACCACACAACUGGAGGUGGAUACUAUCUGUACAUUGAUGGACGUAACUCAUAUCAUGGAAAUAUAGCAAGGUUGGAGAGUCCUGAAAAUUGUGUCACUGGAAAGAACUGUUUGCGCUUCUGGUACCAUAUGUAUGGAGUUGCAGACUUUAUGCAAUUGCGAGUGUCUGUUUUAACAGAAGAUGGCUUAGAAGUCAUGUUUGACAUGAUGGGCAAUGCUGGAAAUGUGUGGCGUUUAGAAGAAAUUUUCUUACCAGGCAUUGAAAUCCGCAAGAUCUUUAUUGAAGGUUUUAGAGGGGAAGACUUCCGCAGUGAUGUGGCCAUUGAUGACAUCUCUCUUGUGCCAGGAUAUUGUACAGGGACAGCAACCACCUCCACAACUGCUACUACCAGCAAAACUACUACUGCCACUCCCACCACAACAACUACUCCUCCAGUUUCCAGUGCACCCUUAGGUCAACCAGGUUCAUGUGAGGUCAAUGGAGAUCCUCAUUAUUACACCUUUGAUAACCAGGUUCACCACUUUAUGGGAACCUGCACCUACACUCUUUCCAAGCUCUGUGAACAUAAUGGAAAUCUAGCUAUCUUCAAUGUGGAAGCAGCUAAUGAGCACAGAGGAGGAAACAGUAGAGUGUCCUAUGUCAAGUAUGUGAACGUGGAUGUGCAUGGAUACAGGAUCACACUGGAGAAGGACAGGGUAGUCAAGGUGAACGGAAACAUUGUGACCUUACCAGAAACUCUAGUACCAGGUAUUAAUAUAUUCCUGAGUGGACAUGAUGUUCUGGUCACAACAGCAUUUGGCCUAAUUGUGAGAUUUGAUGGCAACCAUAGAGUGGUAGUGACUAUUCCACAUGAAUAUGCAAAUAAAGUGUGUGGACUCUGUGGUAAUUUCAACGGGAAUAAGACUGAUGACUUCCUAAACCCAGAUGGAGAACUAGAGCUCGACUCCAACAGCCUUGGUAACAGUUGGCAAGUGGACAAUGACACCAGAUGUACAACUGGAUCGGAAAUUCAACCAAACUGCACUGACGAUGAGAAGAACACCAUUGCCAGUAACAGCUUCUGUGGAAUAAUCACUGACAAGAACGGUCCAUUCAAAAAUUGCCAUGGAGUGGUGGAUCCUCUGGUGUAUUUUAAUAACUGCGCAUAUGACUUGUGUGAACUGAAUCUGGAUCCUGGUACCCUUUGUGAGAGUCUUCAGUCCUAUGCACAAGCUUGUCAAUCUCAUGGAAUCUCAAUAUAUCCCUGGAGAAAUGAAACUUUCUGUCCACUGACGUGUCCACCAAACAGCCACUAUGAACUCUGUGACAUUGCCUGUCCAGCUACUUGUGUCAAUCCAUCAUCUCCAUCCACAUGUUCUCUUCCGUGUUCAGAGGGUUGUGCUUGUGAUCCAGGCUAUGUCCUUUAUAACAAAAUGUGUGUUCCAAGAAGCCAGUGCGGUUGCUGGGAAGAUGGAAAACAUCACCCUGUAGGCUCAGAUUUCUGGACAGAUGACACAUGUUCAAAGAAAUGCAGAUGUCCCUCAGCAGGAGGUAGUUUAAUCUGUGAACCAGCAUCAUGUCCAGAUGGAAAAUAUUGUGGUAUAGAAAAUGGAAAACCUGGCUGUCAAGAUCUUUCAUUUGGUAACUGUGUCGUUUAUGGAGAUCCUCAUUAUAACACCUUUGAUAAGCAAACUCACCACUUCAUGGGAAUAUGUACCUAUACCAUCUCAAAGCUUUGCAGCAACUCUACUUCUCUUCCGUAUUUCAAUAUUGAAGGGAAGAACGAACACCGUGGAAAUCCAACUGUGUCGUGGAUUCGGAGCGUUAUGGUAGAAGUUUAUGGCUAUAAAAUAACAAUGGAGAAAAAUGAGCCCAGUAGAGUUUUGGUAAAUGGAAUCUGGACAAAUUUGCCAAUAAGCUUAGUGAAUGGAUCCCUAGUGGUAACAAGAAGUGGUAGAUACAUUAUUUUGGAGACUGAUUUCCACCUCACAGUUUCCUAUGACACUGAUCAUACUCUUGAUGUGAAAGUACCAACUACUUAUUAUAAUCUGACCUGUGGAAUGUGUGGUAACUUGAAUAAUAAUCCACUUGAUGACUUCUUGAUGCCCAAUGGACAGUUGGCACAAAACUCUAAUCAGUUGGGAAAUAGCUGGCAGGUGGAAGAUGAUGAUGAUCCAUUGUGUAACCCAGUUCCCCCUACACCACCACCACCAUGUCCACCAGAGAAUGAGGAACUUUAUGGAAGUGAUGCUUUCUGUGGCCUGGUAACAAAUAAGAAUGGACCAUUCAAGGCUUGCCACUCAGUAAUCAAUCCUGAACGCUUUUUCGGCAGCUGUGUGUUUGAUCUCUGUGCACUCGGAGAUGAGACUUUGUGUAAAGCAAUAGAGGCCUAUGCUGAUGCCUGUCAAAGGGCUGGAGUUGUCAUUGCUUGGCGAAAUUCUUCUUUCUGCCCACUCAAAUGUCCUGCAAACAGUCACUAUAAUGGAUGUGGCAGUGCUUGUCCAGCCACCUGCUUAGAUCAGAAUGCACCAGAUAACUGCAAUAAGCCAUGUACUGAUGGUUGUGAAUGUGAUAGUGGCUUUGUACUGAGUGGAAGCACUUGUGUUCCUGUCAGUGACUGCGGAUGUUUUUAUGAUGACAAGUACUACCAGAAAAAUGAAGUGUUCUGGAAAGGGGAAUGUGUAAGUCUCUGCACAUGUGAAGGAAACAAUCUUGUGAACUGCGUAGAUCAGACAUGUCCCCCUAAUGAGGUUUGUCAGGUCCAGAAUGGAGUGAAGACCUGUGCUCCCAAGGCCACCACCACAACUACUACGACCACAACAACCACAACCAAACUCCCACCAACACCAGGACAAUCAACCACCACCCCUGCAACUACUACUACUCCAAGAAUUACCAGUCAACCCAUAGCUCCACCAGGUUCAUGUGAGGUUAAUGGAGAUCCUCAUUAUUACACCUUUGAUAACCAGGUUCACCAUUUUAUGGGAACCUGCACCUACACUCUUUCCAAACUGUGCGAACAUAAUGGAAAUCUAGAUGACUUCAAUGUGGAAGCAGCUAAUGAGCACAGAGGAGGAAACAGUAGAGUGUCCUAUGUUAAGUAUGUGAAUGUGGAUGUGCAUGGAUACAGGAUCACACUGGAGAAGGACAGGGUAGUCAAGGUAAAUGGAAACAUUGUGACCUUACCAGAAACUCUAGUACCAGGUAUUAAUAUAUUCCUGAGUGGACAUGAUGUUCUGGUCACAACAGCAUUUGGCCUAAUUGUGAGAUUUGAUGGCAACCAUAGAGUGGUAGUGACUAUUCCACAUGAAUAUGCAAACAAAGUGUGUGGCCUCUGUGGUAAUUUCAACGGGAAUAAGACUGAUGACUUCCUAAACCCAGAUGGAGAACUAGAGCUCGACUCCAACAGCCUUGGUAACAGUUGGCAAGUGGAGAAUGACACCAUGUGUACUCCUGGGCCACCUGUUCAGCCUGACUGCACUGAUGAUGAAAAAGUUACUAUUACCAGCAACAGCUUCUGUGGAAUCAUCACUGACAAAAAUGGUCCAUUUAAAGACUGUCAUGAUGUUGUAGAUCCUCUGGUCUACUUUAAUAACUGUUUGUAUGACCUGUGUGAAUUAAAUCUGGAUCCUGGAGCCCUGUGUGACAAUCUGCAGUCCUAUGUACAGUCCUGUCAGUCUAAUGGAGCUGUAAUCCAUCCAUGGAGAAAUGACACUUUUUGCCCUAUCAAAUGUCCACCAAACAGCCAUUUUGAACAGUGUGGGACAGCUUGUCCAGCUACCUGCAGGAGUCCAGGAUCUCCAUCUAACUGUAAUCUGCCUUGCACAGAAUCAUGUAUAUGUGACCCCGGGUAUGUUUUGUACAACAAGAAAUGUGUGCCCAGUCUCCACUGCGGAUGUUGGGAAAAUGAUAAGCAUUAUCCUGUAGGAUCUGAAUUUUGGAAAGAUGACACCUGCUCCACAAAAUGCAGAUGCCCUUCACCUGGAAGCAGUUUAAUCUGUAACAGUGACGGUUGUCCAAGUAGCCAGUACUGUUCAGUGACUAACGGCAAUCCUGAAUGUGUGUAUUACACGUAUGGUGUCUGCAGAGUACACAAUGACCCUCAUUAUGAGACUUUUGAUAGACAGACCCACCACUUCAUGGGUCUGUGCACAUAUACUCUCACAAAGUUAUGCACCAACUCCUCAUCACUUCCAUAUUUUAAUGUGGAAGCAAAGAAUGUACACAGAGGAAAUCCAUCUGUUUCCUAUGUGCAGAGAGUGCUUGUUGAAGUUUAUGGCUACAGAAUACAGAUUCUGAACAAAGAAAAAUCUCGCAUUUUGGUCAAUGAUAUUUGGACUAAUCUACCAGUCAUUUUGAAUGGAGGUGCAGUGAAAGUGGCUAUAAGUGGAAGAUAUGUGGUUCUAGAGACUGAUUUCAAACUUAAAGUUUCUUAUGACACUGAUCAUACCGUGGAAGUGAAAUUACCCAACACAUUCUCAAAUGAAGUUUGCGGUAUGUGCGGUAACUUCAACAACAAGAGACCAGACGACUUCCUGAUGCCAAAUGGACAGUUGGCCCAGAAUUCUAAUGAAUUAGGAAAUAGUUGGAUAGUCUAUGACAAAUAUGAUCCAUCAUGUACAGAUGGACCCACUCCACCUCCACCCACCACGUGUCCUCCAGAGAAAGAAAACCUGUAUGAAAGUGAUACAUUCUGUGGUUUACUAACAAGUAAAGAUGGCCUGUUUAACAUAUGUCACUCUGUGGUCGAUCCUGACAGCUUCUUUGAAAGCUGUGUGUUUGAUCUCUGUGCUUUAGAUGGAGGCAAAGAUGUUUUGUGUAGUGCCUUACAAGCAUAUGCUGAUGCCUGUCAAAAACAAGGAGUCACCAUUCCAAACUGGAGAAACAUAACAUCAUGUGGGGGUCAAGACUGUCCAGGUAACAGCCAGCACAAUGAAUGUAUGACCGCAUGUCCCGCUACCUGCUUGGACCCACAUGCUCCAGAGAAAUGCAGCUCUCCUUGUGUGGAAGGGUGUGAAUGUAAUAAUGGUUAUAUCCUCAGUGGAGGAAUUUGCAUUUCUGAAGCGCAAUGUGGAUGUUGGUACAAUGGCCAAUAUUACAAUAGAGACGAUGAGUUCAUUGAAGGAAACUGUGAGAGAAGAUGUCAGUGUCAAGAAAACAAUAUUGUGUCUUGUCUACCAAUGUCUUGUCCAAAAGAUGAAAUCUGCAAGGUACAAGAUGGUUUACUGGGCUGCUACCAACCAAGCACAGCAAUUUGCCAUAUUUAUGGAGACCCCCAUUACUCUACAUUUGAUGGCACACUUCACCACUUCCAAGGAUCGUGUAACUACACUGUGUCGGAGACUUGUGCCAAUACAUCGCACAGCUUUAGUGUCACUACACGCAACGAACACAGAGGUAACCCAAGCUGGACGGCCAUUAGUUCUGUUGCCCUGACUGUCGAUGAUGUACACAUUCUGAUACAGAAGAACAAUGUUGUGCAUGUUAACAAUGCUUUAGUUACUCUUCCUACGAAUGUGUCUGGCAUAAGUAUCAUAAAAAGUGGGCAGUAUGUAGUAGUGAAUACCAACUUUGGACUCCAAAUUAAAUUUAAUGGAGAUCAUGAGUUAUUUGUUAUAGUGGAUGAAAGAUACAAAGAUUUAUUAUGUGGUUUAUGUGGCACCUACAAUGACAACCGCCUUGAUGACUUCACAACACCUGAUGGCAGCAUUGCAACUGAUGUCAAUGACUUUGGAAAUAGCUGGCGAGUACCAGAUGAUGGUUGGCCGUGUGACUCAACUCCUCCUCCUCCAUCAACAUGCCUUCCUGACAUACAACAAGAGGCUGAGGCUAAAUGUGAAAUAAUUAAGCUUCUCAAUGGCCCCUUUGCACAGUGUCAUGCUCUCAUACCUCCAUAUCACUACUUUGAGAGUUGUGUGUAUGACCAAUGUGCAACAGAAGGGAAUGAUGAUUAUUUCUGCAGUUCACUAGAGGUUUAUGCUGCAGCAUGUGAAGCAAUAGGAGUAUCUCUUGGUGACUGGAAAAAAGAUACUAACUGUGAAGUAGAAACAAACUCAACUUCACCCACAACAACUACUUCCACCACAACAACUGUGUCACCUACACAAGAUACAUGUGAUAUAAACUGUUCUUUUGAUACUGGAUUCUGUAACUGGAAGCAAUCAAAAAUGGAUGAAUUGGACUGGAUACGCUGGCAAGGUUCAACACCCUCUGAUCUAACAGGGCCUUCAUUUGACCACACAACAGGAAAUGGAUACUAUCUGUACAUUGAUGGGCGUAAUUCAAUUGAGGGAGACCGAGCAAUGUUGGAGAGUCCUGCUGAUUGUUUCACGGGAAACCAAUGCUUACAGUUCUGGUAUCACAUGUAUGGAGUUGCACAGUACAUGGAGCUAAGAGUUGCUGUUUUAAGAGCAGAUGGUUUGGAACAUGUGAUUAGCCUAAUGGGCAAUGCUGGGGAUGUUUGGCAUUUAGAAAAGAUUUUCUUACCAGACAGUGACAUCAUCCAGAUUUUCAUUGAAGGCAUCAUAGGUGAAGAUUUCCGCAGUGAUGUGGCCAUAGAUGACAUAUCUCUUAUCCGGGGAUACUGUGUUGAUGGACCAUCAUCAACUACAAGCACUACAAAAUCUUCAACAACCUCUGGUUUUAUCAGUUCAACCCCAAUUGAUACCUCUUCUACUAUAACAACAUCCAGCACCACAACCCCAUCAACUCCUAUACCACCUACCACUGUACUAUCUACCUUGGCAUCAACGACCAUAAUACCAUCAACUUCAGCUUCCACUACAACUAUUCCACUCCCUUCUACAUCUACCACCACUAUCCCAUCCACUCCACCAUCUACUAUAACUGUGUCACCCACUCCUACAUCUACCAUCACUCCAACAUCUACAAUUGUUUCAUCCACUCCAACAUCUACCACCGUAGUCCCAUCUACUCCAACUUCUACAACCACCAGCACCACUAUCCCAUCAACUCCUGUACCACCUACCACUGUACCAUCCACCCCAGUAUCAACAACAAGAAUCUCAUCAACUUCCACCACAACUGUUCCAUUCACUUCUACAUAUACCACUACUAUCGCAUCCACUACUCCAUCCACUAUAACCAUCUCACCCACUCCUACAACUUCCAAUACUCCAACAUCUAUAACUGUUUUAUCCACUCCAACAUCUACUACCACCAUCCUAUCUACUACAACUUCUACAGCAAGUAUUUCAUCCGCUUCUACUUCUAGCCAAACACCUACUACAACUGUAUCAUCCACUCCAACAUCUACUGCUACUCAAACAUCUACUGUCACAUCUCCCACUACUGCCCCAUCCAGUCCAACAUCUACUAAGGUUUCGUCAUCCACUCCAACUUCUACCACAACUAACCCAUCUAAACCAACAUCUGCAAUGACUCCUUCAUCUCCAGAUAAAUCUACAAUCACACCACAACCAAUUGUCUCAGCCACACCAGACAAAUGUAAUAUAGACUGCUCUUUUGAUGCUGGCUACUGUAACUGGAAGCAAUCAAAGGAAGAUAAAAUUGACUGGAUACGCUGGAAAGGUGCUACACCAUCUGAUCUAACUGGACCUUCACAUGACCACACAACAGGAGAUGGAUACUAUCUCUACAUUGAUGGGCAAAAGUCCAAAGAGGGAGACAUGGCAAGGCUGGAGAGUCCUGCUAAUUGUUUCACUGGGUACCACUGCUUGCGCUUCUGGUACCACAUGUAUGGAGUUGCAGAAUAUAUGGAACUAAGAGUUGCGGUUUUAAGAGAAGAUGGUUUGGAAUAUGUGAUUAGCCUAAUGGGCAAUUCUGGGGAUGUGUGGCUGUUAGAAGAGAUUUUCUUGCCAGACAGUGACAUCCUCCAGAUUUUCAUUGAAGGCAUCAUAGGUGAAGAUUUCCGCAGUGAUGUGGCCAUAGAUGACAUAUCUCUUAUACCUGGAUAUUGUGUUAAAUCUACAACUACCACCUCCACCACCACCACCUCUACUUCAACAGCUUCAACACCCUCAGUAAUCCCAUCAACAACAACCAGCACCACAACCACAACAGAUGGACCAGCAUCAACUACAAGCACCACCAAGCCAACAACAACAGCAUCUGGAUUUACCUCAUCAAUACUCCCUGACACAUCAUCUUCCAGCACUUCUUCAUUAACUCAUACCUCAACCACUAGCACCACUAUCAAGUCCACAUCUACGUCUACUUUCAGUGUUCCGUCUACUCCAACCUCUACUACAAAUAUCUCUCCCACUGCAACCUCUACUGCAACCAUAUCAUCUUCUCCUACAUCUACCAGCACUACUUCAUCAACACCUACAUCUACCAUCAGUAUCCAGUCUACUCCAACCUCAACAACAUCUAAGCUGCCAAUAGAAACCUUAACUUCAACUGCAUCACCCCCUCCUAUAUCUACCCCCAUUAUUUCAUCCACUCAAACCUCUUCCACCAUUAUACCACCCUCAUCAACAUCUACUACACCAUCUACUUCUUCAACUAUAUCUACUACUGCUAAAUUAACUGACUCUACCUCAAGCCAAGAAACUCCACCAUCUUCAGCUACAACCACUGCACUGCCAAUUGUUUCAGCUACUACAGGGAAGCACAAUUGA